CACUCACCAAGAUCUCAAGUCCCUCUCCAGUAACUCAGCGGGCGAUCCUCGGAGAGAUACUUCUUUUAAUGGCGACACAACAGGAGCAAUAGCCAUGCGCCUCCUCACACGCCCCGGCCUACCUCUGGCUCGGCCAUUCCUCAACCGGUGCUUUUCAUCACGACGACGGCCUCCACCACCACCUCCUACAGCUAACUCUCGACCUACACCCAAUCAUACCUCCACUCCUCCUCCCAUCCAACAACCCAAACCCCAAUCCACAGUCCCAGUCGGCACCGGGCGACGAACACCACAAGCCCGACCUUUGGUCUACUCGUGCGCCAUAUUCCUGAUCAUCGGCUGCGGUGCCAUCACAGGAGCCAUAUUCCGAAAUGAUCAUCAGGUAGAGGCGGAGCGGGCGCGCCAGGAAGCAGGUGGCGAGAUUGAUUACCAGAAACAUAUCGACGAAUUGCAGACAAAACGGGCGUAUUUGGUCGGUGAGCAGAUGCAGUUGGAACGAAAGAUUGCGGGGUUAAGGGAGAAGAAGAGGGCAGUUGAUGAUGGGGGAGAGGGAGUGGGAGUGGGGAACAGUGUGGUGCAGCAACAAGGAGGGGUGGAAAGAUGAGAUGAGAGGAUAGAUUAACUAACUACCUCCGUCUGACUUAUCCUCUGCCUUGGGUUAAGACUUCCAGCCUGUGAAGAGAGGGAUUGAGCUUGCGCUAACUCUCAGCUACGACCUGGCCUGGCCUGACGUGACCUGAUAUCCAUGGAUGAAAAGCUGGCCACUGGUAAGUAACCAGCCUUACCAUUGUCACAAUCUGUUGGUCAAUGUCCUGGGAAAGGCUGGGCCGAGCCAUGCUCCAAUGGGCGGUCGCUUGCUCAUGGGAUGUGCGUGAGGCUUGCACAUGCAUAUCUUCGGACACACAAACCACCACAGGGAGUCUCUUCUCUGACCACUCAAGAAUCGGCAAGCAAGGGGAAAUGCGACCAAAGGUGCAAGCCCUCCAUGGAAGGGAUGAACCACGUGUUAGGUCUGAACUGCCUAAAUCCGGAUCUCUUCAGCCUCGAUACACCCGAGCAGCUAUCGAGAGAUUCCAGGACUCGUGUGAAGCCGUGAAGAUUGUGGAAACACAUAUAAAGGGAUAUAUCUCCACCAGGAACCCAACGGAGAAAGGAGAAAUGUAAUUCUAUUGUAUUGUUCUUUAAGCACAGCAAUUUGGAUCACCACUUACUUGUUUUGUUAGCUAGCAAAUGGUGGAAAAGGAAUGCACUGAAAGGCAAUCUCGAGUGCACAUGUCCAAUGACUGACUUGACGAACAAUAACAAAAGACAUCUCCCAUGUGUCAAAGACAGUCAAAGCGAUAAGCGCGCGCCCUGCCAUGACAUGACCUGAC